UAUGUAGGUCAGCCCCAGUCUUUUGACUUGAAGUUCAAACGAGCUGAAGAUUAUCCCAUUGACCUGUACUACUUGAUGGACCUGUCCUACUCAAUGAAGGAUGAUCUGGAGAAUGUCAAGAACCUGGGAACCAGUCUCAUGUUGGAGAUGAAAAAGAUCACCAGUGACUUUCAUAUAGGUUUUGGUUCGUUUGUGGAGAAGACGGUCAUGCCUUACAUCAGCACCACUCCAUCCAAGCUGCUAAACCCGUGCACAGGGGACCAGAACUGCACCAGCCCCUUCAGCUACAAGAAUGUCUUGAGUCUGACCAGUGACGGUAAUAUGUUCAACUCUCUGGUGGGCAAGCAGCAAAUCUCAGGAAACCUGGACUCUCCAGAGGGGGGCUUUGACGCCAUCAUGCAAGUGGCUGUUUGCGGGAAGGAAAUUGGCUGGAGGAAUGUUACGCGUCUGCUGGUGUUCUCCACUGAUGCCGGUUUCCACUUUGCUGGAGAUGGCAAACUGGGAGGCAUUGUACUGCCUAAUGAUGGAAAAUGUCACUUGGAGGACAAUGUGUACACAAUGAGCCACUAUUAUGAUUAUCCCUCAAUUGCUCACCUGGUGCAGAAGCUAAGCGACAACAACAUUCAGACUAUCUUUGCAGUCACAGAGGAGUUUCAGCCUGUGUACCAAGAACUGAAGAAUCUGAUACCAAAGUCUGCAGUGGGUACACUGUCUGCCAACUCCAGCAAUGUAAUCAACCUCAUCAUAGACGCUUACAAUUCUCUCUCAUCUGAAGUUAUUCUAGACAACAGCAAGCUUCCAGAGGGAGUGGAGAUAGAGUACAAAUCGCAGUGUAAGAACGGAGUGGUUAACGACAAGGACGAUGGACGAAAGUGCUCCAAUAUCUCAAUUGGAGACGAGGUCAACUUUAACAUCACUGUGACAUCUAAGGGCUGUCCAAAUGAAGGCAAGAGUGAGACCAUCAAGAUAAAGCCCCUGGGAUUCACAGAGGAGGUGGAGAUUAUCCUCAACUUCAUCUGUGACUGUCAAUGCCAGAAUAACGAUGUUGUUAAAAAAAGCGAAAAGUGCUCCUUAAAUGGGACCUUUGAGUGUGGAGCGUGCAGGUGUUUUGAAGGCCGUGUGGGUAGAAAUUGUGAAUGCAGCAGCAACGACAUGGCUACAGACGACAUGGAUCACAACUGCCGUAAAAACAACAACACGGAUAUCUGCAGCAACAACGGAGAAUGCGUGUGCGGCACAUGCGAGUGCAAGAAGAGACCCAACCCAGAGGAAAGGUACAGCGGCCAGUUCUGCGAGUGUGACAACUUCAACUGUGACCGCUCUGGAAACAAACUGUGUGGAGGGAAUGGACGAUGUGUGUGCAGGGAGUGUAUCUGCGACCCCAUGUGGAGCGGUAGAGCCUGUGACUGUUCUCUGGACAACAGCACAUGUUUGGCCACCAACAAACAGAUCUGUAACGGCAGAGGAAGAUGCGAGUGUGGUGUUUGCAAGUGCACAGACCCCAAGUUCCAGGGUCCCACAUGUGAAACGUGCCCUACCUGUCCAGGAGUCUGCGCUGAACACAAGUCAGCCCCAAAGAUGAAAACAUGCAAAGAGGAGUGCAGCUACUUUAACCUGAUUACAGUGAAGGACAGGAACAAGCUGCCGCAGCCCAAUGACUACCCUUACCCCGUGAUGCACUGCAAGGAGAGGGAUGCCAAUGACUGCUGGUUCUACUAUACCUACGCUGUCAACGACACGGAAAGGGAAGUCCAUGUGGUCGACAAGCUGGACUGCCCCUCCGGUCCUGACAUCAUCCCCAUUGUGGCCGGCGUGGUCGCAGGCAUUGUCCUCAUUGGCUUAGCCCUGCUGCUGAUCUGGAAGCUGCUGAUGAUCAUCCACGACAGAAGAGAGUUCGCCAAGUUUGAAAAGGAGAAGAUGAACGCCAAAUGGGACACGCAAGAGAACCCCAUAUACAAGAGUCCCAUCAAUCAGUUCCAGAACCCAAACUAUGGACGUAAAGCUGCUGUUCUUUAAGUUUGUAUUUCUUUUACUUUC